UUAUAAACAAACAUGAGAAUUUUCCGAUUAUUUUGGCGUUGAGAUGUCGCUGAUUUCAAAUUCUAUAAUGGCGACUACUCGUUCAAUAAGAUAUAAUAGGAUAGAACGAGGUCGGUGUUCGUGUAUUAAAUUGACAAAAGUUUUUACCUGAUAUAAUAUAUUUGUGCUUUUUGUGAUGUAUUGAAAAAGUAAAUACUGAUAAUGGGAGACUUAUUUGAUAUCGCAAAUUUAAUUACAACUGUCGGUGUUGAUAAAAUAAAAAUUAAGCCGGAGCCCGGAUUGCCAGAAAAGUCAUCAAAUGAAAUACUGACAGAGUUGUUUAGUACAUUUGACGCUGAAGAAGGAAUAGUAUCACCCAUAAAUACUGACCAACAAGUUCCAAAUGCCAAUAUUAAAAUUGAAAAAUCUAAUAAAAAUCAGAUCAAGAAGAAAAAAUCUAAAAAGAAACAUAAACAUAAAGAUAAGAAGCAUAAAAAAAAGUCAAAACGUAAUUCUUCUGAAAGUAAUAGUGAUCUUGAAAGUAAUAAUGUUAAGAAGAAGAAAAAGCAUAAAAAGAAGACAAAACGGAAGCAUGAAAAUGAUUCAAGUAGGUCAUCAGAUUCUGAUGAACCCAAGAGUAAAAUAACAAAACUUGACAGUUAUGAUAACAUAAAAAGGAAAUGUCAUAACAAAGAUAAUGGGUUAGAGAAAAAGAAUAUCAAUAUGUCAGAGAAUGUCAAGGAAUUAAUGCUAGUUAAAAAGGAAUCAGUGUCAGCGAACACUUUUACAAAAGAGCCAGAUAGUCCUCAAUUACCGCCUAUUUCAAAGAAAAUUCAAGAUGAAUCUGAAGAGCAAUUAAUACCUAUAAUUCUUGAAAAACCAAAACAAGCACUUCAAGGAAAAAUCUUAAUAAAAGAUCUCAAGAAUAGUACAGUCUAUAAUAAUACAGUGAAAGAAAUAGAAAAUAAAGAAAAAGAAAAGGCUGCUCGAAUGGAAGAUGGUGAAUUAUCUGAUAGUAGUACAGAUAAUCGAACAUUAAGUCCAAGUCCAACACAAUGCAGUUUACAUAGAUCAUCUACGUUAAGUCCAAACUUGGAAAAAGUAGAAAAUAAAACAUUGAGUCUCUCAAAGGGUAUAAUUGUAAAAACUGAUUUGAGAUUUAUUUUGAGAGAAAAGGAAAAGAAAAGAUUAGGUGAUGUAGAAAAAUCAAAAUUAUACAUGGAUAGUGAAUAUAAAGAAAAAGUAUGUAACUAUACUAACAAAAGUACAAGCAGGGAUAGUAAACAUAAUUAUAAUUGUCAUUUAGAAGAAAAAAAAAGAUCUUCUGAAUCCAGAACAUGUACAAGUUCACAUAGAAGUAGAAGUAGAGGUGGAGAUAAAAAAAGAAACAAAAGUAUUGACAGACAUGAUAAAAGUCGGAGCAGCGAUAGACGAGAAUUUUUGAAAUGUAGAGAAAGACGAAGACAUAGAAGUCGUAGCGACGAUAAAAGCAGGGAUAAGUAUGUACGAGGACGAAGUAGAAGUAGAGAACGAAAGGAAAGAAUAGAAAUUGAUAAAAAAAAAUUGUUGGAAAUAGCAAGAAGGAAUGCAAUAAACAUGAUUAAACAAGGAACAUUACCAUUAGUACAGCAGGAUAAAGCUAUUGCUGCAAUUCAAGCUGGUGGAAAAACAGUAGAUGAACUCACAGAUUUUUGUAAAUCAUUAUCGAAAUCCGAAGCAUUAGGAGAACUUUCUAGUAUCUCUUCAGAAGAAGAUGGAAGUGAAUCUGAAAAGGGCUUCCAUCAUCCCUUUUUACUUAAAGGACGACCUAAUUCUAUUAUUAUGAAUAUUCGGGAUGCAAAACAAUUGCCAACCAAAACAUUCCAAGAAAAAACUGUGGAAUCAUCGAAUCAACUACGUUUACAAUUUCCUGUAUCAAGUGGACAACAUCAUAGAAAAAGCGAAAAUGAGUGGAUACCAGUCACACCAAAAAAACCAGAACCAAAAAAACAAUUUGUACCAUCUUCUGUGCCAGCUGAACCUCCUGUUGUAAUAUGUUCAACCACACCUGUUGUAUAUCCAAUGCAAUCAACAGUUUUUCCCCAACCAACAAUUCCAGAGGUAAUAGAUAUUGGUUCCAUAGUAUCUCAAAGAUUAGCAGCAAUGAGAAAGUUAAGAGAAAAUCCAAAUGAUGUAUUUGCUCAGAAUGAAAUGUAUCGUGCACAAAAUGAGAUGAAGACAUGGGCUGAAAGUAAACAAAUGCCAGGACAGUUUACUGGCAGUACGGGAGCCAAAGUGCUCUCACCUGCAGAACUUACUUCAGGUUAUCAAGCCUGGGCUCGUAAGGAUCAAUUAGUAUCAGCACAACCUGUUUCGGGUGGGAUGGGUAUGGCUUUACUACAGAAGAUGGGUUGGCGACCAGGGGAGGGUUUGGGAAAAAAUAAAGAAGGUACUCUUGAGCCCUUGCAGCUUGAAGUAAAAUUGGAUAAAAGAGGCCUAGUUUCAGAGCAAGAUAUUGGGCAAAAAGUAGGAAAAACUACAAAACCUAUAGUACCUGCAAUUAAAACCUUGGAAGGAAAACAUCCAGUAUCACUAUUGGGUGAAUAUUGUUCAAAGCGGAAACUUGGUGCUCCAGUUUAUGAACUAUGUUUUGAAUGUGGACCAGAUCAUAGAAAAAAUUUUCUUUUUAAAGUUAAAGUUAAUGGAAUUGAAUAUAAGCCAAGUGUGGCAAGUCCAAAUAAAAAGCAGGCUAAAGCAGAAGCAGCACAGAUUUGCUUGCAAACAUUAGGUUUACUACCAGAACCUAGUUCUAUACCUGUUACAAAACCUUAGUUACUACAGUAAUUUAAGAUUACAAGUAUUACUUCUUUCAAAAUUAGUAAUAAUGUAAAGCAAUGUACAUAAAAAAUUUGUAAA